CAAGGCAAGGAGGUGGAUUUUGGCAGGCUGGGUACAUUGGGGUGCCCCUUUGGUCCCAGUCCCGCGGUGGGGGGUGGGUUUUGUGCCCGAUGGAAGUUCUUGGAGGGUCUCUGUGGGUCUGCCUUGUGUCCUGGGCAGAGGGUGGAACACAGGCCGUGGUCUCCUGCUCAGCUGUUCCUUGCUCCCUCGGGAUCAGCUCACCAUGGAGGGGCUGUGGGGACCUCGCUGGGGCUGGUCACCCUCACGGGAGCCACGGGAGCCCCUCGAUGGCACCUGGGCACCCAAACCGGGAAGGGCUGCAGGGCCCUGAAUCCCUUUCUCCUGAAUUCCAGCGUGCAGAGGGGGUGAUGUGAAGGCCGGGUGUUGUUUUCCUGAGCUUGAAGUAUUUGGGAGAAGCAUCCCCACGGCUUCCCUGCCUCCUCCAUCCCAGCGGGGGCUGAGCGAGGCGCGGGGCGAUCCGGGGCGCUCCGGCCGGGUGUCGGCAGGCAGGAACAAAGCCGGGCUCACGGAAAGAAUCCCGAGCCCCUUUUGGCCUUGGCGCAGAGCCGCCCGCCCCACCCUGCCCUUCCCGCACGCUCCCGCACGGAGAUAAGGCCGGGCCGGGGCGUGCGGCGACAAGCCGGGAGUGAAACUCAGCUCAGAUCCCAUCGGCACCGCGGCCCACGGGCAGCCCGCAGCGAGCGACAGGGACGCGGAGCGGCGGGGACGGGCAGCCCGGGGGUCUCCCCUCGCCGCUCCCACCUCGGCCACUUCGGGGGUCCCCUCAGAGGCUGACUGUGCCCCGCUUUUUUGGGACGGUCCCUCCCUGGCGGAGGAGCGGAGCCUCCGCCUGGGUCUCCCCACCUGUGGGAAUAAACGCCCGCCCGUCAGGCGCUCGCAAUUACGGCCGAGGCAAUCACCAUAUCAAAAACGACAGCGAUACGGCUUUUUCGGGGGGGAGGGACCCGAUUUUACGAGCGGCCACACCCCGUGGCCCAUUUCUCCGGGGUGGGGAAGAGCCCAUUGUGUCCCCGUCCCCCCCAAAGGACAGCGCGGCUCCCGCCGCCCUCCCGGCGCUCUCGGCAGCGCGAAGGGCGGCUCCCGGUGCCGGGGCGGGCGGCGGCUCUGGGGAGAGCCCCGGGGCACCCAGGGGUGCCGCACCCACCGGGAGGGCAGGGCGUUGGCCGCCCCCCUCGCCCCCUCCCCAGCGCCCGCCGCCCGCGGGCGAUGAUUCACCGCGAUUUUCCUUUUAAGGCCGCGCUCGGCGGGGAGGAAGCAGAGGAGGAGGAGGAGGAGGAGGACACUCCUUGGAGCUGGCUGGCUCCUCCUGCUCUCGCUCGAGGCUCCGACGCGCAGCCAAAAGCGAAUCCCGGCGGCGGCGCUCGGCAGAGGCUCCGACGGCUCCCGGCCCCGCUGCUCGCCCAAGCGCCCGCGUCCCAGCCAUGGCAAGAAACCACCAAGUGCAGAAGGCCAAGCUGGCCGAGCAGGCUGAGCGCUACGAGGACAUGGCAGACUUCAUGAAGGCCGUGGUGGAGCACGGGGACGAGCUGUCCAACGAGGAGCGCAACCUGCUGUCGGUGGCCUACAAGAACGUGGUGGGCUGCCAGCGCUCGGCGUGGAGGGUCAUCUCCAGCAUCGAGCACAAAACCGAGGAGGGCGACGACAAGGCGCAGGUGGUGAACGAGUACCGGGAGAAGGUGGAGCAGGAGCUCAACGCCGUCUGCAACAACGUGCUGGGCUUGCUGGACAAGUAUCUCAUCAAGAAGGACAGCGACACCGAGAGCAAGGUCUUCUACCUGAAGAUGAAGGGCGACUACUUCCGAUACCUGGCCGAGGUGGCCAGCGGGGACGACCGGCUGUCGACGAUAGAGAAGGCGCAGGAGGCCUACCAAGAGGCCAUGGACAUCAGCAAAAAGGAGAUGCAGCCCACGAACCCCAUCCGCCUGGGGCUGGCCCUCAACUUCUCGGUGUUCCACUACGAGAUUGCCAACGCCCCCGAGCAGGCCAUCUCGCUGGCCAAGACCACCUUCGACGAGGCCAUGGGCGACCUGCACACGCUCAGCGAAGACUCCUACAAGGACAGCACCCUCAUCAUGCAGCUGCUCAGGGACAACCUCACGCUAUGGACAGCCGAGUGCGCCGGUGAAGACGGCGGCGAGGCUGGCGAAGAGCCCAAGAACUGAGCGUGCCCUGCCGAGCCGGGGGCCGGCCCCCC